AUGCCAAGUGAAGCACUCUUGUUUCUUUUUGCCGUUAUCAUGGCAGCUUUGCUGCUAUUUGUAAUGGUCUUUUUUGUAAUCAUGUUUUCUGAUCUGGAAUGCGACUACAUUAACCCCAUUGACCUUUGUAACAAGCUCAACCAGUUUGUCCUUCCCGAGAUGGGUGCUCAUGCUUUCUUGUUCUUUAUGUUUUUGGUGAAUGGAAGUUGGCUAUCGAUGCUAUUAAACCUUCCAUUGGUGGCAUUCAAUGUUCAAAAGGUCACGCAAAGCCGACACAUGUAUGAUGCAACCGAAAUCUUUCGUACCAUAUCUCAGCAUAAAAAGGAAUGCUUUAUCAAGCUCGCAUUUUACCUCAUCUGCUUUUUCUACUACCUGUAUUCCAUGAUUGUCGCUUUAAUCGCCGCUGACUAG